AAACUGAUUAUUUUUACAAGUGAACACGUGUUAAAAAGGUGGUAAAAGUCGCUAGUAAGUUAAUAAGCAACCCAUACCACGAGUCCGGACAGCGCACCCUCGCCCUCAACAAGUCACCAUGCGCGCGCCGCCGCGCAGCGCGCUGCGCACCCCGCCAUUUUACUACACCACCGUAUUUCACCAACACCGAGUCGAAAAACAUCAUGAAAACUUAACUCAAACCCGCAGAACAGUGAAGCAGGAUGAAUUUCGCGCCGUUCACCGGGCACAUCCCGACGGCGGCGGCCAUCCCCACCAUCCAGCACUUCGCCGCCAAGUUCGGGUACGAGGGCACCAGCACCGUGCAGGAGAGAUACCAGGGAAAUGUCCAGUUCGUGACGCCGGCAGUCGACGUCAAGUUCCGACAGGCGGAGAUGGUGGUCCCGGCGGUGGACGUGAAGUUCCGACAGGCAGAGAUGGUGGUGGUGAGCAGCGCGCCUGCUGGCGCCGUCACCCUGGCGGGGAUAGCGCCCAUACACACCGUGAACAGCGGAGUGAAGUACCAAGCGAUAUCAUCUUCCACCGUGAACUUAGGCAACGUGUCGUACGGACAGACGUACGUGCAGGAGCCGAAGGAUAAACGAGAGUAUCGCGAGGAAGACAUCAUGGCUACUAUGCUGCAGCAACAGGAGACCAUCACAGUGAGUGGGACACCGCUGCAGCAGGGCUCGCAGCAGCUGCUGGUUGUGCUGCACGAGCCGCGCACCAUCAAGCAGGAGGCGCGCCAGCCCGUGCCCGCAGAGUUCAUCAGUAUCGGCGACAUGUCGGACGCGACGUGGCAGUCGAUCGGCGGCGGCGUCGCCGACUAUUUAUCGGCGUUGCCGCUACCGCUGCACCACUUACUCAAGUACUCGGACAAGCGCGAGGAGCCAGUGCUGGUGCAAGUGCCUAGCGCGCCGGUAGCACAGCAGAUCCCAAGUCCCACAGUAAACACGGUGGUGGUACAGACGGCGCCGGCGACGCCGCCGCCGCCCAAGAAGAAGAAAAAGAAGAAAGCCGCUAAGGAGAAGAAACCCCGGCCUAAACCCGGAGAGAUUCGCCUCACCACCGCGCUGGAUGGCAGCACUCUAUACUGCUGCCCAGAGUGCCACAUGGCGUACCCGGAGCGAGGCCUGCUGGAGCAACACCUCGUCGGACACACCAUGGAGAGGAGGUUUAUUUGCGACAUCUGCAACGCAGCCCUAAAGCGUAAGGACCACUUGACGCGCCACAAGCAGAGCCACAACCCGGAGCGGCCGCACGUCUGCUCCGUCUGCCUCAAAGCGUUCAAGCGGCGCGAGCAACUCACGCUGCACUUCGUCAUACACUCGGGCGAGAAGAGACACGUGUGCAACGAGUGCGGCAAGGGUUUCUACCGCAAGGACCACCUGCGCAAGCACACGCGGUCGCACAUCGCGCGGCGCGUGAAGGCGGAGCUGUCGCUGCGCGCCUCCUCGCCCCCCUCCCCGCCGCUCGCCGCCGCCCGCCCCGCGCCCACCCCCACUCCCUCCUGACACGACGACAAGGGCGACCUCAUCACGCUCAUACAGGCCGCCAAGGACGUCUUCUGACUCGAUGAGUUAGGUGUCAAAUAUAUUGAUGCUUAAAAGUUAGUGGAAAAAAAAAUUGUAGCUAAAAGAAAUGGCUCUUUAAGUACUCAUUAAAAAACUAAUAAUUAUUGCUUUUUAGCCCUUUACUAGUUGUAUAUUCCAUCAUGGUGUUUGCCAGUUUGGCCAGGCCCUACUGAGAUUUUGAUGAAUAAGAUCGAUUCGAUAUUUGGCCCGGGUAAUUGUUGAUUUUUAUUUUACUAAUAUUGAGAAUGUAAAUACAGUGUACAAGUAGGUACAUGUAUAUUUUGUCAUUAUUUCUUUUGCAUUUUUAACAACUGCCAGAAUAGACCGCAAAUAUCACAUAAAAAUGUUAGGUAACAGUUCGAAUGGCAUAUAAAUAUUAGGUGUAGGUAUGUUGUGAAAAUUUAAAUAAAUGUGAUUUUAUUUAAAUUAUAAUUUAAAAUUACUGUGAUCGUCAAAAAUAUUUAGAUAAAAUAAAGUACACCUAUUUAAAUGGAAUGUUGGCAACCUUGAGAAGAGUUGUUUUUAUUAUUUGUUAGUAAAUAUUAAGGUAAUGUAUUUGUUUUCAAAUUCUAAAAUAAUAUAAAUAUAAAAUACUCUGUUCGCAAUAUUAGGAUAUAGUUAAUAUCAGUUCUUGUUAUAUAGGGAAUAUAAAUUGGUUAAAAUUGUAAAAAAAAUAUUAUAGUUAAUAGUCAUAGCGCAUUUUGACAUAUUUUUAUAUAAGAUCUAACUGUCGCCCAAACCUGACAUAAAAUCAAACUUACUAUUAAUGAGUAUGUAAGUAUGUAAUAACUUUCUAAGAUAAUAAAGUGAACCAUAGUACAGACAUAGGUACAUUUUGUGUCGGAUAACUCAAACCAUUCAAGAUAUAGUAUAAUGAAACACUAGAACUAGAAUGAUAUAGGAGUACUUCCAUAUUUUUGUAAAUUAGUUCUAGCCAUGUCAACUGUGUUCAUUUCUUUAAAACGUAACCUUAGAAUUAAAGUACAAAAGUAUACAUACAGACAUUUACUGUGUAAAAAGUUUUUCAGAUUCUCUAAUAUAGUGAAAUACUUAGUUUUCACUACUAGAUUUACUAGAAAAAUCUGUUUUAGUACUUUUAGUGUCUUAAAUCUUAUACAACUACGGAAGCCUACUGAAAAAAGUAGGUAGCUGUUGGAGUCCUUCUUUCAUGGUUUAAAGUUUUCUUUUGAACAUUAAUUCAACAUGUCAUCAAUGGAUUAAUAAAUAUAGAAAGGUACUUUUCAGAAUUAUACAUUUUUGUGAUCGU